UUAGAAUAAACUGUCCCAUAAUUCCAAUAAUCAUGGCGACUGGUUUUGAAAUCGACGAUUUGGUGUGGGCAAAGAUGAAGGGAUUUCCGGCAUGGCCGGGAAAGAUUAUAGAGCCUAAACCUGAAGUGAAGAAGCCUGCCAAUAACAAGAAAGUGCACCACUUUGUGUUUUUCUUUGGAUCCGAAAACUAUGCUUGGAUUCCAGAGGAAAAUGUCUACUUGUAUAGUGACCACAGAGACAAGUUCAAACUUUCAAAAAGAAUUCCCAAAGGAUUCAAGGAAGCCUUGGAAGCAAUUGAAGAUGAACUAAAGGAGAAACCAUUUAUUAAAACAUUUAAGACACAGGAAUUACCAUCAAUUGAUGAAGAAUUGGCCCAGAUCUUUCCAGGAAAACCAUCAGCAAGUCCUCAGAAGGAUUACACAAGAGAACCGUUGAAGGGGAAAAAGCAAAGAAGGAAAACAGAAGAGGGAAAGGAAACCAGUAAGUCCACAGAGACACAGACAAAGAGGAAAAGAGCUUCAGCAUCAGAAGAACAUCCUAAACCAAAGAAAGCAAAAGUCAUUGCUAAAGUGACAGGUUCUCCCAGCAAAAUCAGCCUGUCCCCUGAUCACAAACUUAAACCCAAAAUCAGAGCAGAACUACCAUCUCCAAGGCCUGAGCACAAUCUGCCAAUGUCCCCACCCAGUAAUAGCUACAUCCAGGCCUCAUUAUCACCAGGGAAUGCCACAGCCUCAACUCAGAUCGAAGAAACUCUCCUCAAAGUCAAACCAGUCGCCAAACCAUCAGUCAUACCCACUCCUAUGCGAAUUGGGUUUCUGGGACUGGGAAUCAUGGGACAGGGCAUGGUCAUGAAUUUGCUAAGGUCAGGUCAUGAGGUCACAGUUUGGAAUCGUACAGCUCUUAAGUGCAGAGAUUUUGUGAAGUCUGGGGCAUUCAAGGGGAAUAAUCCUGCAGAGGUAGUCCAGUCAUGUGACAUCACCUUCUCCUGUGUUGCAGACUCCACAGCAGUUAAAGAUUUGGUAUUUGGUAAUUAUGGGGUGCUGCAGGGAAUUUCCAAAGGAAAGUGUUAUGUGGAGAUGUCUACUAUAGAUGAGGAGACUAUGCAGGAUGUGGCGGAGGCAAUAACAGCACGAGGUGGAGUGUUUUUGGAAUCUCCUGUAGUUGGAAGUCGAGUUCCUGCUCUGGAGGGACAGCUAAUCAUCUUAGCAGCGGGUGAAAGAAAGCUGUACGAUGAAUGCUACUCUUGUUUUGAGGCCAUUGGAAAGAAAUCUCUGUAUUUAGGGGCAGACAUUGGAGCUGCCACUAGAAUGAAGCUGAUUGUGAACAUGGUGAUGGGGACCGUGGUAGCAGGAUUGGCAGAGGCCAUGGCAAUGGCAGAGAAAGUGGGUCUGGACCAGGAGGAUGUGGCAGAGGUUCUGUCAGUGGGGGCAUUGUCUUGUCCCACCGUCAUCCACAAAAGUCAAGCCAUCCUUAGCCAGCGAUAUGACCCCCAUUUUCCACUACAACACCAGCAGAAAGAUCUGAGACUAGCACUGCUGUUAGGAGAUAAAGUAGAACAACCAUUGUAUGUGGCUUCAUCAGCUAAUGAGCUAUACAAGAAGGCUCGCAGACUUGGGUAUGGAGAGAGUGACAUUUCUGCUGUUUACCGUGCCUCCAGUAACUGAUUUCGAGUGAGAGAGACUUGUGAUUCACUGGGCAUGACUGUAAUACAUGUGACUUAACCGUGCAAUGACCCUGGUGAUUAAUCUGUAGAAGCACCAAUUACAGUAUUGAGGAUAGGUGAAAAGUGCAAAAAUUCUGUUCUUCUAUGAAGAAACGUAAUCACUACAAACGUCAUUACACUGAGAUUUACGUCAUUUUACUGAAAGUUAUCUGCUCCGAGAGGGACCAUGUGAUCUCGUCACAGAUACAGUGAUGUUUUAGAGAUUUUUACAAAGUCGUGUAGUAAACUUUUAUUUAGUUGUUUCAGUUGAGUAAUUAUCAUUAUUAGUUCAUUUUAUAUAAAUAGUUCAUUUUAAAGAAUAUGAUGUGAUUUUUUUCUCUCCUUUUUUAAGUAGGUUGUUCCAUUGGGAUUUACUUUAAACAAAAAAAAAAAAAGGAAAGAAAAUUUGUGUAGUAUAUGAGGUGCCAUCUGCAUGCAUUCAUGAGAAGAUAUGUGAAGGAAAAAAUCAUAAUUUUGUCACCAACAUUUAAAUCAGUUUAUUGUUUUCCUACAUUUCUCCUUUUGUAUGUGGCAUUCUUUCAUCCAGAUCUAAAUUAAUGGCAGCUAUAGGCUUGAAUCUAAUGUGCUGUGUUGGUUUCUAUAUUUGUUUGCAUUCAGUUGGAAAAAUUUCGUCCAAUGAGUGACCAUAAAUAAUUGUAAUGGGCAGUACAUCAGAUGUUAUCAACAACAGUGAACUGUCCAAGGAUUAUAUUUGCUUUGUUUAGUGUAUCAUGUUGAACAAAAUAGUGAAUGUGUGGUUUGAUUAUUGUAGAAUUAAAUAUUUUUUAGACAAAAUUACAAAAAGAGUUUGUGUGAAAUUUAUUUAGUUUCAUAAAAGAAAAACCUGAAAUAUGUAUUAUAUACAUGUUUGUUUUUUUUUUUUUAUUGUAAAUCUUUGAGUAUAGGGUCACAACCAGAUACAGACUGAGAGCUUUGUAUAGAACUGUACUGUAGCAUUAAAAUCAUGUAUAUGCUGAGUUCUGUAAAUAGACACAUUUGAUGUUGUAUAUCAAAAAAUCAUAAACUCCAAAAAAUUUUCAUGUAUUCAUUCACUGCAUCCAUUCAUUGAAAACCUCAUUAAUGAUUAAAGUUAUGACAAGCUAAAGGAAUUAAA